AUGCAGGAAAAGAGAACGUCGACGGACCGCCGGCUCAGCAGGGAAAGGGACCAGUUAGACUGGUCCAUACACCAACAAGAGCAUCGUGCUCUAGACCGGUUGGUGUCCACCCCCUUCUCCCCAGAGGUAGAAGCUGUAGAACCUCUAUGGAAGUAUAGCCUGCCAAAAUUCAUUCUCUAUGAUGGGAAGACGGACCCUCUGACCCACAUCAGCCAUUACCGCCAGAUGAUGUCCCUCUGGAAUCGCAACGACGCACUCAUGUGCAAACUCUCUGAGGCUUUCUUAGCCCGAUUUGUCUCUAACAACAGAGUCCCAAAGCAGUUAGAUACCUUGUUCAACAUCCGAAAGGACAGGAAAGAGACCUUGCGCCAGUUUGCACGACGGUAUUGGGAGGAGUAUGGUGACUUGGAGGAAAAUGUUUGUAGUGAACAAUUGGCCGUGCUAUACUUCAAGCAAGGCCUACUCCAUUCGCACAAGCUAAGGCAGUCGUUGACGAAACGACCUGCCCCCACAAUGAAAGAUUUGAGGGCUCGAAUAGAGCAACAAGCUCGUGUGGAAGAUGACGCUGCUUCAGUACAUGUUGCGGUUGCUAAAGAAGAAGUCAGACCGCCUUGA